AGUUGUUCACUGUGUAUAAGGCUGGAAUUUGGAGCUUGAAACAAUUACUUGAAGAAAUAGGAAUCAAGAAUGUCAAAUGCUUAUAACAUGUACUUUAUUCAAACUGGACACAGGAUCAUUUUCCAAAUGCACAAGAAUUUGCUUGAGGGAACAAUUCCAGAUUCAAUUGGAAAGCUUAAGAAUCUAGUUAGAUUGGCCUUGGGCGGAAACAAAUUAUCUGGGAACAUUCCUCAUGUUAUUGGCAAUCUUGCAAAGCUAUCUGAACUUUAUCUUGACACCAACAAAUUGGAAGGAAGCAUUCCAACUACCCUCAGAUUCUGCACUAAGUUACAGUCACUUGGUCUUGCUGAGAACCACUUAACUGGUGAUAUUCCUAAUGAAACAUUUGGCUAUCUACAAGGUUUAGUAAACCUUGACUUGUCCAAUAACUCACUCACUGGUCCCCUUCCUUCUGAGUUCGGUAACUUGAAGCUUCUCUCAGUAUUAUAUCUACACGCAAACAAGUUGUCAGGUGAAAUUCCCGUGGCUCUGAGUACUUGUUUGUCAUUAACAGAACUCGUGCUUGAGAGAAACUUUUUCCAUGGAACUAUACCUUCAUUCUUUGGCUCUUACAAAUCACUCGCAUUCUUAGACCUUUCCUACAACAACCUCUCAAGCACAAUACCCCAUGAACUAGAAAAUUUGCCAUUUUUGUAUGAUUUGGACUUGUCAUUUAACCAUCUCUAUGGUGAGGUUCCCACAGGAGGGGUCUUUAAUAACGUCACAGCAAUUUCACUCAUGGGAAAUAAGGAUCUAUGUGGGGGGAUACCCCAACUGAAGCUGCCUGCAUGCUCUAGGUCUCCUUCAAAGAAACACAAGAGGCUUCUUAAUAGGAAAGUACUUAUCAUCAUCAUCAUUCUAAGUGGUGGGGUUUUGAUGUCUUUCGGAGCACUUAUCAGUAUCUAUUAUCUCACUAUAAAGCCCAAAAGGCUAUCUUCUGUACCAUCUCUGCAACAUAAGUACUUGAGGGUUUCUUAUGGAGAGUUACUUGAAGCAACCAAUGGAUUUUCUUCAUCCAAUUUAUUAGGCACAGGAGGCUUCGGUUCUGUAUACAGAGGAUCUCUUCUCCAUUUUGAAAGACCUGUUGCAAUAAAGGUGCUGAAUGAAACACGUGGGGCAUCAAAGAGCUUCAUAGCAGAAUGCAAAUCUCUCGGAAUGAUGAAGCACAGGAAUCUUCUCAAUAUCCUGACUUGUUGUUCAAGCACUGAUUAUAAUGGUGAAGAUUUCAAGGCUAUUGUUUUUGAGUUCAUGCCUAAUGGGAGCCUAGAAAGCUUGUUGCACAGCAAUGAACAAGUUGAGUCAAGAAAUCUAAGUCUCAACCUUACACAAAUGAUAAAUAUUGCUCUUGAUGUAGCUCACGCGUUGGAUUAUCUUCACCAUGAUCCCGAGCUAGCUGUAGUGCACUGUGACAUAAAGCCAAGCAACGUUCUUCUGGAUGAUGACAUUGUUGCCCACUUGGGAGACUUUGGGUUAGCAAGGCUCCUUCAUGAGACGACGGAGCACUCCGGUAGACAUCAAGUUAACUCCUCUGUAAUUAAAGGAACCAUUGGAUAUGUUCCCCCAGAGUAUGGAGAGGGUGGUCCAGUAUCAGCACAAGGAGAUAUCUAUAGCUAUGGGAUUCUUCUGUUGGAGAUGCUCACGGGAAAGAAACCAACAAGUAGCAUGUUUUGUGAGGAUCUAAGCCUACACAAGCUGUGUAUGAUGGCAAUACCAGAAAGAAUUAACAAGAUAGUGGACUCGCGCUUGCUUGUCCCAUUUGUUGAAGAACAGAGAGGGGUAGUUGAAGACAACAUUAGGGAGUGUCUGGUGUCAUUUGCUAUGAUUGGAGUUGCUUGUUCUGCAGAAUUACCUGCUCAGCGAAUGGCCAUAGCAGAUGUUAUAGUGAAGUUGCAUGCAAUUAGAAAGAAGCUGCCCCACCCCUGCUAGGAACCCUCCAUUGAUGACGUGACAAGAAAUUAGUUGUGUUCAACUGGAAGUUGGAUAUGCUCUGUGUGUAUCAGUAGUUUUUUAUUCUUCACAUUACUCUCCUUUGUUUCUUCCAUAGUGAUUGUAACCAUAUCUGUAGAAUAACACAUCAAACAGUCUCUGAAUAAAUAUGGUAGGCAAAAUGUUACCUUAUGCUUGCCAAAUUAAGAAAAAUAGAUAAUGAUUCGUCCUGUGUUAUGCAGGUAGUACUA